CUACUUUACCGUAUCUCAUUCUACCGGUAAAUUACUCCUUGUUCUGUUCGAUGGACGGUUCUGCUCUGUUUGCAGAGAGUUUUAUCGUUUCGCACGGGAUGGCAUCUUUGGAUUGUUCCUUUGGUUCACAGGAGCAAUGAGGUUAAUUAUGAUAAUAAUAUUAUGGUAACGGUACCCGAGUAUAAUACCGUAUGGUACGGUACAUAUCAUACCGGUACCGUACCGGCACCAUCCGUUUGCGAGGACAAGGGCUUGGUUGCCACCACACAAUGCCUGCCCGUAGAACUUUUGCGUCAGCCCUCUCCCCGGGUGAAUCAAAUGGAGGUGUGAAGCGGGCAGGAGGAGGAGGGGGGUUAAAUGCACUCGCUGGCUCCCUUUGGCUGCCGCCGCGUUUCCCUUCGUGCUCCGGCGAGCUUCGGUGGCCUGCUGUCAUUUCUAAAAUAUUAGCUCACCAACCCCUUCAAAACUUGUGCUUCCUCCGUUCUUCUCCCUCCUCCUCCCCUUUCCUCCCUCUUUUUCUUCCACUCUUGCUUCCUUCUUCUUUCCGAUAUCUUCGAUACUUUCCCUUUUCUACAAUACCAUACGAUAAGCUGUGAUCUCGGGUAUCGUAUAAGCAGUUAGUCAUGCGUUAUCUACUUGCCGCUGCACCUUUCGUUAUCCCGGCGCUGGGCGCUGCCGUUGCUACUAUCGACCGGCCUUUGGAUGAACUCCUAAGGGGGUUCAAAGGUUCGGAGGAAUCAUACGCUAUUCACCACCACAAGGGCGAGUCUUUCUUGACGGCUAGAGUUGCGUGCAACGGAUGUAGGGCAUAUGCCGGGUCGAAGGAUGAGAAUGGAUCGAAAUACGUUCCUAACAUGAGUUUGGAAACUGAUCUGGUAGGUUUUAGUCCGUUCACCCGCCACUGCAUGCGCAUAGGAGCUAAACUGUGACGUAGAUAUUCGAUGUCCGAAUUCCAAAUGAUGAGCCGACCACCCUUAAAAUCAACGACGCGGGUGUCAUCCCAUUCGGUCCAAACCUUGCCGUAAAGGCAUACCAAAUUCCCCGCCAGAUCGAAACCGAGCAUUUUCUUUUCGAGACCGCCGAGAGCGAGUGGAAGAACUUGCCUAUCGGAUAUGACCUCAUGCUCCAGUCCUCAAGGGAAGGCCCAGAAUCAACCCAGAAGCAGGUCACAGUGAGCUUCAGGGUCACCAGUGUUGGUAGCGAGAGGAACGAUGCUAUUCCAGAACUUGAGGUUGUGGUUGACGAAGAUGUGGCCACUAAGGAGUUGACGAUGAAGUCAGUGUCGGUUAAGAAACUCGCUGGGCCACCUUUGAUAUGGUUGGAUGAACUUGAGAUGAAGGACCUGAUCCCUCUCUUCACCUUGCCCCCUCUUCUCGACGCACCCGCUACCCUUGACGACACCACCCCCGUCGACGUGGACAUUGAGAUUGAGAUGGAGAAGGUUCCUUGUGGGACCAACUUGCGUUGCAUUCUCGACCAUGCUAUUGAUAACCUACGAGCCAUGAAAGAUACCGUUAUGGGUCCCCAUCGCCCAUGCAGCCACCGCAACCAGGAAGAGCCAAAUCUGGAUGAAGAGCUCGUAUCUAUUCUCCCCAUCGAUUUUGACUUUCCGGAUGUCCCCCAUUAUGAGGAUUUCGAGAACCUUCGCGCCGUAGAAGAGGAAAAACCUACACUGGGAUUCAACUUCUUGAAUAUGCUUCCGAAGGUUAUGUUACCUAUCUUCAUUGGAAUCACUGCUGGUGCAGCGGUCAGCCUCCUUGGCCUUAUUUUGGGUCAGCUGUUCAUGUUGGGGUGGAAGCGCAUCCGGGCUUCUAGGGGACCUAGAUGCUCCUACAAGAGGUGCAACAGCUCUGAUGAGGCUAGAACUAUGUUGGUCAUUGAGGAAGAAGAGGGCCUCCCCGAGUAUAGAGAUGAGGGGAUUGAAGUUGUUGAGAAAGAAUAAGUUUGUUUUAUCAUUGUUGAACAAGAGAAGAGAAAUCAGAGUCUGGGGGAAAGAAGGACAGAGAAUCCAUGGCGAUGGAGGAGGAGGGUGAGAAACAAGGGAGUUUUGCAAUUGGUGGUCUUGUGCUCUGUGUACUCUCUUUUGAGAUUUUUCUUUACUUCUUUUCCUUUGCAGGUUGGGAAAUUGAUUGAUUGCAGUGAUUUGGGUGUUGGGAGAUUAUUUGAAGGGCUCUUAUUUUGUGAAAUGUGUUCGUUCUGCUAUAGUACCAUCGUUCGUGAAGGCUGGAGUAGUUUUGUAGAUCUAGGAGUACGGUAGAGGUUCUCGCCCCCUCCACCCCCCACGGCCCUUUCGCGGGAAUCAGUGGUGCAACACUCACCGCGAAGUAUAAUUCAUGGCUAAACUAAGAUCAUAUGGACCUAAGGAAGCACUUGGCGACGGGGUGUAAUCUACGAUAUCGGUACCGGUAGGUACAAUGGGUGGGUGAUCAGGUAGUGCUUUAGUUAGCGAGGGGUCUGGGAAAGAGAGCUGCCGCACAGGGCUGCGUCCUCUCACUAUAGUGGGAUAUCGCGGCGUAUCGGGCGGGGAAUUUGCGGAUGGGAUGGGUCGGGAGUAGUGAAUCGUAUAGUACUUAGGUGGGGGGGUAAGUUGGAGG